AUGUGGCGCAAGCGCAAGAUCUCUUAUUCAUCAGAUAAAUAUAAGAAACAGAGGCACAAAAACACGCACCCCGUCAUAUCAAGUGACGAAGAAAACAACAACGAAAGUUCUUCCUUAGCCGAGGACGAAUGGUAUAUCGACUGUAUCCUUGACGAAACAGAGUCUCAGUAUCUUAUUGAUUGGGAAGGGCCUUGGUCGCCCAGUUGGGAGCCAAAGGAACACGCCAACGACGCUGCAAUUCAGGUCUGGAAGGAGAAGAAGAGACAUCGCCAGUUCCAGGCCGAUACUCAUCUGACUGAAAUCUCAGAAACACAGUCAGCAAUUCAAUUCUCUCAAGGUCAUAGUGCAAAGUCCGUCGGCUCUUCUGACCAGCGUUUGGAACCACGUGAGGGCUCGCCAUUAUUUGUUGCUUCUGAUUCUGUAACCGAGCCACAUCCAGCUCUGGAGGCCAAUCGAUGGUCUGAAGUCCCAGAGUCAAAGCAAACGACGCCUAUUGCAGUCCCCACACUCUGCCAUAGUGACCUAACUGGACCCAUUUCCUCAGCAGCCCCACUGUCUGAGGCUGCAUGUGUGUUUGAGUAUACCUCGAGUACUGCUAUUCCAUCGGAGUAUUUACUUCCUGGUGAAGUCCAAGGUUAUCUUGCAACACAGACUACACAUAGUCCCAGAGGCACUCCAACUAUUGCUAGUGAAGGUGAAGUAUCAAGAUCUGGCAAUCUAUUGGCGCCGGAGGCUGCCCAAGGUUCUCAACAGGCAAAGUCAACUGCAUCGCCCAUCCUCCAAGAGCCAUCUGGGACACCAACCUGUGGAAAAGUGGAUGGAAUCGCAGAAACUCCAUCUGAUACGCUGGCCGUUUUAGAAAGCCAGAAAUCGUUCCAGUAUCCUUUGGCGAGACGUGUCGAUUCACAACACACCCCCUCAUCAGGAGGCUAUCGGUCUGGGCUUAGUUCUUUGGUAUCACAGCUAUUACUGUCUGGGAGCUGUCUCUCCAAAGGCCACGUUAAAGCUGAUCGAUUGAGGUCUACUGUAUCAGAAUCAAACCCGAGUACAUCACAGGGAUCCAUAAAUUCUCCCAUUCAACCCCGGGGCCAGAGACCGUCAUCUGUACGGCAGAGUAAUAAAGUAUCCAUGAUGUCUACUGGAAGCAUGGAGAACCAUAACCAAAAGAAGGAAGUACCGUCGUUGGCUGAAACCAUGGAGAAGUAUAGUCAGUAUGAAGGAGCAACUCCGAGGGAGAAAAUGAGAAAUGCAUACGCCCAGUUGAGCGCAAAAGCGAAUUCUCUACAGGCUAUUGAUGUGAGCGUGACUCCAUCAUCUGUGGAAGAUAUCGAGCCCGUAGCGCCUGUAUCCGUCCCCGAAACAGCCGCACCUCUCAGUGUUAGAGUUGACAAGGAACCCACUGUUCAUCACACUGAGCCAGAAAUGAAUCCCGCUUCAUCGGAACCACUUGAAGAAAUGUCACAUGAAGAACAAAGCAUACAAACCAUUCAACCAAGUGCCUUGACGGUCACCCAUACCGAAGAAGUCCCUGCCGGAUCAGUACAUCUCGGUCCGUCUGAAUUCGCCGUGCCACUUCCAAUGGACUCCAGAGUCAAAGAUGACUACGAACGAGUCCUGAUGGAUGAAACCCAGGGUAUUCGGGAUUUUCUUAGAGGGCCCAGCACUUCAGGGAUGUCUAACGGGCAAGAACGCCUUGUGUCAAGAAUGCGCGAGAUAUUAGGAAGUCUAAGUAACGUUACCACGCACCCCGACCUCAAUAUCGCAGAGCAUAUCAAAGAUUCGGAUUCAGAUCUAAGAAAGGAGGCAGCUUGGGCUGAAUAUUCCAGCGCAAAAUUUUUAUUCCUAGGCUACCUUGUGGAAGUUGCAUGUAACCGGGAUAUCCAUCUGGUGAUUAUGGUACAGGGAGAGAAAACCCAAAAAGUGGUUGAGCGAUACCUAAUGGGCAAAGGUCUCGCAUAUACUCGGCCUCGUGAGGAAAUGGGGUCUGGUACCAAUCUGGAGGUUUCCCUAGUGAAAGGUUCCUUGAGUUUGGGGAUCCAAUCUACACACAGUGAGGGGAUAACUGAGACCUAUAAAUCACCCUCUGCAAUCAUUGCACUGGACUCGUCUUUAAAUGUGAAGAGCCCUUCGGUCGAGCAUAUGCGAACCACCUUUGCUCGUCAUGGCAACCUACUUCCCAUUAUUCGACUCCUUGUCUCAAACUCCAGUGAGCACAUUGAGCUUUGUUUCCCGGAUCCUCCAGAGCUUCAACGCCUACAGUCGAUUAUUCAAUAUACCGUUCGUCUCCGUAAUAUAGUAGGUGAUUUGCAAGACGAUGCCCUUGGUGUACGUGAAGACGUGGAAGAGAUAUUGCCUUGGCUUUCUUCGGAUCACUUCAGCCUCAGCUGGCCUUUAACCUCUAUUGAACCUUUGCACAUCGUGAGCUCGGAUGAGCUGUUAUCUGUUCAACUUGAAGCUCAAUCCCAGACCACUGUUGCCGGUACUCCAAACCCCAACACACAAGCUCAAAAGCGUGUAUUUAUGGAAGACUCGGGAGAGCAUACGGCUAAAAGGCCAAGGAUGGAAAUGACACAGGAUAACACGCAACUUACCGAAUCAACGAAAUUUCCAAGUCAAACCCUGGAUAGCGGUCUGCAUGCAUUGGAGAAGAAUCUCGUGCAGAUGAGAGCAGCACAUGCGGCUGAACUUGAGAAGUUCCAGAAUGCAUUAACCGACAUGCAAUCCCGCUUGCAGGAGAGAGAAAAACUACUCGAGUCGCUCCAGCAUCGCUAUGAAACUCGAACUAAAGACCUCCAUAAAAUUCGCCGGGAGCGGGAUCAGCUAGCCGAAUAUAAAGUCACGUCAGAGCAGAAAAUUGAAAAGCAAAGAGAGGAUAUUGGCAAACUAAAGGAUGAGCGUACCCAGCUAAAGCAUGAUCUCGAGCAGGCCAGGGGGGAGAUCAAAACUGGAGGAGGUGCUGUAGCAGAGCUGGAGAUGGCUCGGGAAGAUAUUCGGCGCCUCACACAAGAAAAUUCCGGCUUGGAACGGAAGGCAGAAUACGAGGCCAAGCAAGCCGAAUACACUCGCGAGCAGUACCAGAAUGCUUCUAAUAUGGCGGCUCAAGCCGGGAACGAGGUCCGCCAACUUCGAGAAGAGAACGAGUUAUUAAAGCAUAAGGUUGCUGGUAAUGCUAGUCGCCUACGAGAGAUCAAUAUAGAGAACGACGGGGCACGGCAUCUCUCUCGAAUCUCUGAAUUGGAAACUGCUCUAGCAUCUCGUGAAGAUCUGUUACGCCGAAAAGAAGAUGAGCUGCGGGAAAUCCGCAAGAACCGUCCCUCUACCCGCUCGACGAGCACUCAACCUCGCAGUCCGAGAUUGGCCGCUGGAAGUCGUCCAACGAGCCCAGGAAUCAAUAGUCAUAACGGGCGUGGCAGCGCGUUGAGGUUCAGCUCCGAUAUGCCUGUUUAA